UUAACGAGACUGUGAUUGGAUACUCACUUGUCAUUCCAAAGUGAGCAUCCAAUCACAAGUUGCAACUUGCAGGAAGGUGUGACCCACAAAGAAGGAGAACAAAACAUUGAGUAGGUGGCAGAUAUAUAUUUGCAAGGCCAUUUUCAGGAAGGAUAUUUAAAGAGAAACUACAUCUUGUGAGACGAUGUCGGCGAUGAAAUGGGGAAAUGCUCGCCACUUCCACUCGAAUCAGCCGACUAUGAGCGGUACCACCGGCUUAUACGGCGUCGAAUUGGUGCUACAAAUUAGGUCUCGUCCAUCCGGCGUGUCUUCCAUCAUGGUGGACCUAUUCCUCAACCGAGUUCUGGUGGAGAACAAUUGGGACCAGGAUGAGCUCAACACGGAGCGGGAAAUCAGCGGGAUUCUGGAAAACCGCAUCGUUCUGCUGCUCUUUGCCAGCGCCGAGUGUGACAGGUGCUGGGAGUUUGUGCCUGUUCUGAACGACUUCUUCAAGCGCUUGAAAGACCCCGCUUACAUUGAGUACCCCCGACUGCUGGCACUCAUCCAUGUCAGCUUGGACCAAUCAGAGGAGCAGCAGGGGAAAUUCCUCAAAGAGAUGCACAAGAAGGUUCUGUUUUUGGCCUUUGAGGACCCGUACAGGAAAGAACUCCAGGCCAUGUUUAAGGUGAAAGAGGUCCCCACCGUGGUGGUCCUUCGCCCCGACGGCUCGGUCCUGUCCCCGAAUGCCGUGCAGGACAUUUGUCACUUCGGCUGCCAGUGUUUCCGCGACUGGCAGGAGUCGUCGGAGCUGAUCGAGAGAAGCUUCAUGCUGAACGAGGAGUUCGACAACCUGAAUAUGCGCACCGCCAGCGACCCGGUGAGGAGGCUGAAAUAUAAGACGGAGGACGACAAGAGGAAAAAGAGAUGGUGGAGGUUAUGAGGGGAAGAGGGAAGGCUGGAGAAAGGAGGGAUGUAAAGGAGGAGAAGAGUCAACCGUACGAGGUGUGUCAGAAAAGUUCCAGGAUCAUGUCUAAGAUCAGACGGAUUUUGCUUUUAUUCAAUCAGAAUCAGAAGUACUUUAAUAAUCCCCGAGGGGAAAUUACGAUUUUUAGCACAAUCCCAUUCAAGAGCAGACAAACAUUACAGGGAGACAGAACAGGAUCGCUUGUAACAAACGCACCCAAGUUCCGCGGGUGUCGCUGCCACUACGCAAAUUAAGGAGUCACGGGUGGGACCUGAUAUUCAGCUGGGACCGACUAAAACAAUAAAUAAACACAAGACAUGUAUAACUAUUAGCCACAACACGGUCAGGCUUAUAUUCAAUAUGCCACAAAUGAAUCCCGCAUAACAAACAUCUCCCCUCUCCCGUCCAUAUAACCCGCCAAUACGAAUCAAACACCUGCACAACACACUCAAUCCCACAGCCCAAAGUGCCGUUCACCUCCCCAAAGUUAGUACAGCACAUAUAUCCCCCCAAAGUUAUGUACGUGACAUGCACAUAGCGGCAUGCACGUACGCGAUUAAAUGUUUGGAAGCCGCAGCGUAAUCACGGUACCGCACAUCCACCUCAAAGUCCUCCUGGUAAGAGUCUCUGCUCG